UUUAGCCUCCGCAUACCACCUUUGCACAGGAACUGUUGCGUCUUGAUAUCCUUUGGCCAAUCGUGACGAUGGGCAAGCAACCGGAGAGCGAGAGCCUCACUGUGCGCGAUAACCGCACAGGCAAAACGUACAAUGUCCCGAUCGUGAACAACACGGUGUCGGCUUCGGCCUUCAAGUCGAUGUCGGCGCCCAAGAAGGAGGGCGAGCGCGAUGAGAAUGAUACAGAGAAGGGUCUUCGGGUGCUGGACAAGGGAUUCAUGAACACUGCUGUGAUCCAGAGCGAGAUCACGUAUAUUGACGGAGACGCCGGCGUACUUCGAUACCGCGGAUACCCAAUCGAACAACUUGCGCUCCACUCCAGCUUCCUCGAGACGGCAUAUCUCCUCAUCUAUGGUUCUUUGCCCAGCAAGAGACAACUUCAUACCUUCGAAACCGAGGUGAUGCAUCACAGCGGUGCUCACUCGGACGCGGAGGACUUCUUCCGUUCCUUCCGAUAUGAUGCGCAUCCAAUGGCAAUCUUGACGUCUGCGUUCUCGUACCUCGGCUCAUACUACAGCGAAGCUAAUCCAUCCCUACAAGGACAAACCUUGUUCACGAAGCGGGACCCAGCAUCAAUUUCCAAUAUGGACAAGCAGAUCUAUAGGCUGAUUGGCAAAGCCACUACAUUCGCUGCGAUGGCAUAUCGUGUUCGUCAGGGCCGGGACUUUGUGACCCCUCCUACAGGAUUCAGUUAUACCGGCGCCUUUCUGUACCAAAUGGAUCACCUAGGCGAAGAGAACUACGUCCCGAAUCCAGUCCUCGAGAAGGCGCUCGACAUUUUGUUCAUCCUCCACGCUGACCACGAGUUGAACGCCUCAUGUACAACUGUCCUUCAGACGGGUUCCUCUCUUGUCGACCCAUACUCUGCCAUUGCUGCCGGUUGUGCUUCGCUUUAUGGCCCACUACACGGUGGCGCCAAUGAAGCCGUCAUUCGCAUGUUGAUCUCCAUCGGCAAGCCUGAGAACGUACCCGCGUUCAUUGAGGCGGUCAAGAGGAGGGAGAAGGUGUUGUCAGGGUUUGGUCAUCGAGUAUAUAAGACGUCCGACCCCAGGUCUUUCAUCGUGCGUCGGACGGCGGACGAAGUCUUCAAGGUCACGGGGAAAGAUGAGCUCCUGGAGACUGCGAUGGCAUUACAUGACGCAGCCAUGAAAGAUGAAUUCUUUAUCAAGAGGAAGCUCGCACCGAACGUGGACUUCUGGAGCGGCCUGAUCUACCGUGCAAUGGGUUUCCCGCUCGACUUCUUCCCAGUGCUUUUCGUCGUCCCGCGCGUGGUGGGAUGGAUCGCGCACUGGCGACAGAUGAUGCUGCAAGAAGGCGGGGUGAAGAUAUGGCGACCGCGCCAGGUGUACCUCGGUUCCGGCAAGCGCGACUACGAGCCUGUUGACAGCCGUCCGGACGCUCAGAUCGCUCCCUCGCCGGUCGUGCAUUCCGGGAUCACCAAGCGCACCAACCUCGCGAGCUUCAAGGGCAAGAGCAAGUUAUAGUGUGCUGCUCCUCGACGCUGCCGGACGAUUAUCGUGCUUGUUGUCGACUUUGAUGCUUUGUGCUUACCCUAACAUGAACCUGGCAAUAAUGCAUUGUUGUGCGC